AGUUGUACGCCUGUGUACUCCGCCAAUCAAAACGUUCGAGAAGAGAGAGCGAGCAAAUUUCGGGGAGUUCUAAGGCGGAACUGGAUGGGGUCGCCUGCUCGCCUCGCCGCCGCCGCCGCCGCCGCCGUCCUUCAUCUCCUCCUCCUCGCGCGCGGCGCCGAGCCCCGCCGCGCGCCGCCGCACGCCGCCGGCCGGUACCUGACGACGGAGGAGCGAUGGAUGGACCAGCGCGUCGACCACUUCUCCCCCACCGACCACCGCCAGUUCAAGCAGCGGUACUACGAGUUCCCGGACUACCACGGCGGCAGCGGCGGCGGUGGCCCGGUCUUCCUGCGCCUGUGCGGCGAGGAGUCCUGCAACGGCAUCCCCAACGACUACUUGGCGGUGCUGGCCAAGAAGUUCGGCGCCGCCGUGGUGACGCCGGAGCACCGGUAUUACGGCAAGAGCUCCCCGUUCGAGAGCCUCGCCACGGAGAACCUGAGGUUCCUGUCGUCCAAGCAGGCGCUGUUCGAUCUCGCCGCCUUCCGCCAGCAUUACCAGGGAACCUUGAAUGCUAGGUACAACCGCUCAUCAGGGUUUGACAAUCCAUGGUUCGUCUUCGGGGUCUCGUACUCGGGUGCUCUCAGCGCAUGGUUCAGGCUCAAGUUCCCUCACUUGACAUGUGGAAGCCUCGCGAGCUCAGGGGUGGUGCUUGCUGUGUACAACUUCACUGACUUUGACAAGCAGGUUGGCGAGUCAGCUGGCCCUGAAUGCAAAGCUGCACUGCAGGAAACAACUAGGCUUGUCGAUGAACAGCUUCGGGUGGACAGCUACUCGGUGAAGGCUUUGUUUGGAGCAGAGACGUUGAAAAAUGAUGGUGAUUUCCUCUUCUUCCUGGCAGAUGCAGCGGCCAUAGCAUUCCAAUAUGGGAAUCCUGAAGCUGUGUGCUCCCCUCUAACCAAUGCAAAGAAGAGUGGGAGAAAUUUGGUGGAAACGUAUGCUCAAUAUGUGCAAGAUGUUUUUGUCAAAAAAUGGGGGACAACAGUAUCUUCAUAUGAUCAGGAAUAUUUGAAGAAAACGACUCCUGAAGAUACUAGUUCUAGACUUUGGUGGUUCCAAGUUUGCAGUGAGGUUGCCUAUUUUCAAGUGGCACCGAAAAAUGAUAGCAUUCGCUCUUCUAAGGUCGAUACAAGGUACCAUCUGGACCUGUGCAGAAAUGUUUUUGGCGAAGGUGUUUAUCCUGAUGUGUACAUGACAAACUUGUAUUACGGAGGCACAAGAAUCGCUGCUUCUAAAAUUGUCUUCACAAACGGCUCUCAAGAUCCAUGGCGUCAUGCCUCGAAACAAAACUCGUCAGAAGACAUGCCAUCAUACAUAAUCAAAUGUGGAAAUUGCGGACACGGCACUGAUCUGAGAGGAUGCCCCCAGCUCCCUUUCGUAAUUGAAGGUAACCCUUCAAACUGCUCGUCCCCAGAAGCCGUGAUCACAGUGAGGAAGCAGAUCACCAGCCACAUCGACCUGUGGCUAUCACAGUGCCAAGGACCAGCAAGGUCAUGGUGAGUUGGUGACAACAAGCGCAGGCCAGCAUAUUCAUCAGAACAAAUAAUUGACAAGGGAGGAGUAACAAGUGCAACACCGUCGUCAAAGCUGUCGCCGGAGCAUGGCCGGUAGCCAGCCAGGCGUUCUCGGCAGCUACCUUUGUUGGAACAAUCACAUGCUGUGGGGUUGCACCUGUGCUGCGACGCUGUGACACCGGUGAUCGAUUGAGAGGGUGGUGAGGGGUGUGUGGCUCAGUUAAAGCUGGCCGGGGACAUUUCAGACUCAUCGAGCCGUUGUGGCAGGGCCGUGGACCCCCCCCCCCCCCCC